AAACGUUCGUGCAGAAUUUUCAAGUGUUGGCUAGCACUACAAUGAGUUACUGUCAUACAAAUAAUGGCAAUUUUGAUAUCAUCAUGUCCAAAAAUAAUAAACUAUCCAGCGAUUAUAUGUUCAAAUUACAAAACAAGGUUAGGUGACACACUAAAUUCACUAUGUGAAAUUAGAAUGUUAUACCCCUAUCGAACGGGACUUCUUCCCAUGGGAAUACCCAAGAGGUCGUAUUCGGGAAGGCAAUUAGUAGGAUAUUCUAGAGAGCAAAUGUUUGAUGUGGUUUCUGAUGUUGAAAAUUAUGAAAAAUUUGUCCCAUGGUGUAAACGAUCUAUUAUAACAACAAGAAGAAAAGGCUACAUGGAAGCAGAUUUAAUUAUAGGCUUUCCACCAGUUACCGAACGUUAUACUUCUGCUGUGACUUUUACCAGACCAAAUGUUGUUAAAGCAGAAUCAGUUACAGGGAUAUUGUUUAAUUAUCUCGUAACAUAUUGGAAGUUCAGUCCUGGCUUGCAACAUAUAGAACAAUCCUGUGUUGUAGACUUUUCAGUUCAUUUUGAAUUUAAGUCAGUGCUACAUUCACAAUUAGCAAAUACAUUUUUUAAUAAAGUAGUUAAUAAAAUGGAAGAAGCUUUCUUAUUGGAAGCUAGAAGACGCUAUGGAGCUGCAAGUAUGAAUGCUUUACCAUUACGAGUAACACAAGAUAGAUGACAAACUUAUUAUUUAUAAAUGCAUGUACAUAACUUAUAAUAUGAAUUAUAUAUAAAUAAAC